AUGAUCAGUAGCUUGAGCUCUGAUAACUUUGCCGAACUUCACCAACCUGAUAUUAAACUCAUUCUUACAAUCUCGACAACAGUUCAGGAGCCACCGGAUCUAUUACUAUUAGAUUUACCACUUCCAAAUCCAAUUGAGCCUAUUCGACACUGUUUUGUGCAUACAUCUUUGCACAAUGCAGUAGCACAAUCGAAGUUAAAGAGCAUCAGUUCAAAGACAGAUUUUUUGAUCUUUCGUGGAAAGAACAUUAAAGUAUCAAUUCUAACUGCAGAGACUAUGAGCAGAGAGUUCACCAUUGAACAAAGUUUAUCUAAAUGGAAGGAAACGAUUGAUUUCCUCGAUACUCAUCAGAUUAUUGCAAUUCAAAUUCCAGCCUCUAUAUUCAUUAAUGUUUGCGCUCCUCGAAAAUUUCGUAAAGUAUUUGGUAUAGAGCCGUUAACACUGAGCCUUUACGGCCCAGACAGAGAUAUUACUGUUGGUGAAACUUAUCAUAGUAAUACUGGAUUGCUGAGGAAAAUGAACGAAACCAGAAUGCUAUAUAUAAUUAUUGGUUUUCUGAAAUAA